UCCUCGGCCCUACAGCCUUCCGGAAAUACACUCGUUGUCUAACAUGUGUUUACUUGCUUACACAGCAAUGGCUGUCUAACUUCAUAAUCAUACAAUUCUGCUAAAGGGUUGGAUUACGUAAACCAAAAAAUGACUUCAAACAGUCGAGAGGACGAGAUUUCUGAAGCACAUUCUGCGAUCAAAGAGGAACUCAACAAGAAGAUAAAGGAGCAGAAGAUUGUCGUAGAUGAGCUCUCAAAUCUGAAGAAAAAUAGGAAAGUCUACGUGCAACAACGCAACAGCAACAUUUUCUUCCUGGCUGACAAAGGACAGAUGCUUGGAACAAAUAAAAAGGAAUUGGACAUCUUGAAAAAGGAGCUGCAAGAUAUGUAAGCCCUAUCAAACCUUCACCUGCACCAUGUGUGGCAUCUUCUGUCUGCUC